AUGAUUGAAUCAAUUAAAACCAAUUUUGAUCAAUUUAUUUUUCAACAACAAACGUCAGAUAACCAAGAAUUAUUAAAUUCUUCUGUUUUAAUUAUUGCUGUGCUCGGAAAGGAAGUUGCUGACAACACAAAAGCUGAUUUAUUAAAUGAUUUUUUGGGUGAGAGAGCAUUUUUUGAAGAUGGAAUGAACAAAAAUAAUUUUUUAAAUGAUGUUAACAAAACGGAAAAUGUUCGGAUGGAAAGUUCUCCUUUGAUAGAUAUACAUUUUGAUAAAGAAGAAUCAAUAAUUUGGCUUAUCAUAAAUGGAUUUAAUGAUAUUGAAUUCCAACAUUUAUUGUUUAAUAAUAUUAAUGAGAACUUUAAAAAUAAGUCAUUUUUCGAAAAAAUGUCUUUCAUCGAUCGAGAACAAUUAUUUGCACUUGCUCAGAUUUUUCCACUUUGUCAUGCUCUUUUAUUUAUUGAACAAGGAUGUCGGUUUGAUUUGGAGUGGAUUUGUUUAUUAAAGCGAUUAAAUAAAUUGAGAUCAUCCAUUUCCCGAAGUAUUCGUUCUUCUUUUUCUUCAAUCCCAGAAACUGAAUUAUCAACAAAAUUUUCUUCUUCUUUUGUUAAUACUUGCAGAAUUGGAGCUUCUCCUCGUUUACUUUUUUGUUUUCAUCGAAAUCCAUUACGUAGCGAUUUAAAUGCUACAAAAAAGAAGGAACUUCUUGAAAAAAUGGAAAAAUGUCUGGAAACACAAAUUGCUAAUUUGUUGAAACAACACGGACUUGUGGACAUUAAACACCCAAAUACUUCCUUCGCCCAAAUAACCAUUUCUUCUGGCACUCCUUUUGUUUAUUGUUUCAAUCAGUCAGAAAUACCUGUCGAUGUUAACAACGAAUUGGCUGAAGCUUUAUUUGGGUCUUUGGGGCAAUUGGCUGGGGGAGAAGAUGAAGUUUGCAGUAAUAAAAGUGGUAAUUUAGGAAAUGGAAAUUGUAUUAAUUCAGAAGAAAUUCUUCGUUUAAUAAAUCAAAUUACUGAACCGUCAAAAAUGGAUAAGAAAGAACUCGAAAACUCUUCCGACUACAAUUUUCCAUUUUUUCUUUACAAAGCUAUAAAUAAAUUACGUAGAGACAUAACUUCAAAUAAACUACAAAAUACACCUUUACCUACACUUGGUCAAUUUAUUGAGGCAGCAAAACUCUUGAGACGUUGUAUUUAUGAAGAAAAAAAUGGAGAAAAUUUUGAUUUAAAAGUUACUAUUUCACCAGAAAUUGAAUCAAUUAAUAGUCUUGUGGAAUCUGCAAUUAGCUCAUCUCGUGUCAUUUACAACAAUCAACUUUCACUUAAACCAAAAAUGACUGGUGGUGGGGAUCCUGUCUUUUCCAAAAUUGAACAUGAAUAUUCAUUAAAAAUGGCUGUUGAUCAUCUUCGCCACACUUUUCCUCGGUCGGCAGGUCAUCAUCAUAUUGACAAAUUGAUAUCUCAAUUAGAACUUGAAUGUGAGAAUAUUUGGAAAGAUGGGCAUCAACGAUGUGAGAAACGUUCUUUAACAGGACAAUUUUGUGCUUUUAAAUUAAAUCAUGAGUUGAUGAAAAAUGACGAUGAUGAUGAUAAUUUAAAAAUUGUCCGAGAUAGAAGUGGAAGUACUGGACGCAAACAUCAAAAAUUUCAACCAAAAUCUAAAAGUCAACACUGUUCUGGGGUAAAAAUAUUUUCAUUGUGCAACUGUGGAAUGUCUCGGCGUAUUCGAAAUGAUCCUUUUACUUUGAAGGAAGCAAAUUUCGCUUUUUACAACGAAACAGGGGAUGAUAAUUUUAAUUUUGGUUCUUGCUGUGCAAAUUUAGAUAAAUAUAAAUUUAAAUUGUUUGAUGUAUCCACUGCACAAUUAGAAUCAAAAAAUGUUGAUAAACUUGAGGAAUUUGAGGGGAAUGUUAAAUUAAAUGAAUCAAUUAAACAAAAAUCUUAUUCGGAUGUAAUUUCAAUGCAAGGAAAUGAAAAGAAAACUAUAACAAAUCCUCAAUCUAAAGAUAAUGAGGAAGUUGACGCCACAAAUGAAAUAGGUGGGGGUUUGGCAAUAGAUCCAAGUGAUUUUAACGUUCGUUUUUUUGACGAGGGAGAUGAUGAAGAAAGUGGUGAAGAAAUUGGAGAAAAAAUAAAUAAAAUUAAAUUAUCACAAGAAGAUGAGAAAGAAAAGUCAAAAUUAAAUCCUAGCCAAAUUUUAUUGUUGGGUGAAAACGAAUAUGAUGAGGAUGAAGAUGAACCUAUUAGAAAAAAGAAUGUAAUAAUAUCCGAUGAAGAAGUUAGCGAAGAGGAGGAGGAAGAAUAUGAUGAGGAGGAUGAGGAAGAAAGAGAAAUGAAUGUUGAAAUUGAGGAGCAAGAACAGACAUCAUUUCAUUCAAACGUCCGUUCAUCAACUAUGGGUAUUUCUAAUGAUAAUGAAGAUGUAGAAUCAUCACCUGAACCUCCAGAAUUACAUUAUUUAGAUGAAUAUGACUCUCAUUUGACAAGAACUGGAACAGAACAACAAAAUAUAAAUAUUGACAACAAAAGAGAUGUCUCAAAAGAGACACAGUCAAAGCUUGAAAAAAUGGACGAUUCAAAAUUGGAAGAAAAUUUUAAAGGCCAAUAUCUCGAUCACGUACCUCAUACCAAUUCACCUCCUUCUCUACUUCCACUCUUCCCUUCAUUCUCUGUUGUCUGCAUAGGCCAUUCAUCUUUAUAUAAUCAUUCAACUGGUAUUCGUGGUCAUGAUAGGACAGCACGUUUUCGAAGUGGCUCAGAAUAUUUACUUCCAUGGAGUGUAAGACUCUCGGUUAAUACUGAAAGAUGGGUUCGUGAAAUGCAAUUAAUUGGUGCUAAUCCAACAGAUCAAUGUUUGAGAAAUUUACAAAAUGGAAUUGCGCAUGGUAGAACAGAAAGUAAUGAAAAGGUUAAGCUUUUUGUCGGUUUCGAUUACGAAUGUCCUCGUGGCCAUCGUUUCACGUGUGGUGAACCUGCAAAACCUCUCAGACAUCGAAAAGAUUAUGGGCCUUUAAACCAAGAUGCUGGCCCCCUAUUGGAUGCUGAUCUCCCUUUGUGGGUGACUUGUCCUUGCAGAAAGCCGAGAAUUAUGGCACAAUUAAUGAGAAUACAUGUAGUGACACCUAAAGCGCCUGUUUCUGUUACUUUACAGCCAAGAAUACAGGCAAAUGCCCGAUGA